AUGGGCUCUUCUGUCGUGUGCGAGAAUGACACUAACAACAAAUAUGUUUCCCUCACUGUCUUGGAGAUUUUGAGGGACUCUAUAACUCUUUGCGACCACUUGAACUCCGUGAUUCCUGUGCCUGCUGUAUUCAAAGAGAAAUCUAAUUUGGAUGGAAUCGUGUACGUUGACGAUGUUCUAGCCUAUCUGACACGGGAUGUGAUUACAUUGAAGGUACUUUGGCGGUGUAACUCAUUCACCAUUUUUUCAGAUCAUGAACUAGAUCCUCUUACGGGUUCAACAAAAUCAAUAGGUUCAUCAGUGGGUAUCGCGGGAAGCUUAUCAUCGCUUAAAUCGGAUGAUUGGGAGCCCAAGUCUCUUCCAAAUCUUCUUUGGGAGUCCGGGAAGUAUGAUAUUGAUAUUAUCAGGUCAGCUAUCCAUAUUUUUUUCGAGGCACCCACAUGCGACGUCGCGAGGAUUCAGGCUAGCGAGAUUAUUGCAUUUACCGAGACUCGUGUCUCAACUUUGAGCGCCUCAACUGGCGUGUCCCCAAAGUCUUUAUGGCUGAAGUUUCAUCUCGUUUGCGAAGAACUAAGGAGAAGCGGCCAGAAGCCAUUGUCCUUGCAUCUCGUAUCAGGCAUGGUUAUGUGCGCUCAGAUGAACGGAAUCGGCAUUCAUAGAAAGUCACAUUUUUUCGAGGACAUCUCAAGUAAUUGUGCAAGCUCGACACUAAAUGCCAUUUUGAACGUUCUUAAAGCUAGGGUCUCUUCAUCUACAAUGAGACAAAUACGAAAAUUCUUUGAAAGUCCCAACGUUUUGUUAGAGGAUAGAAUAUCAGACUUCGCACAAUCAAUAUUAAUGGGAAAGUUCUGCGAAGCAGAGAUUGGUAUGGUACUCGAAAAAAUUGACACGAACGUUUUGAGCCUUAUUCAUCAGCUUUCAGCAAAGCCUAUAAUUGAUGUCGAACAGGACUUUGAAAGAAGUGCCGAUAAUUUGUCUACCUUUUCCAAAUUAUACGCUAUCAAUACAUUUCGAUCGGUGAUUGAGUCCCACAGAUCCUUCCUUCUACAUGUCGCAAUACUAUUUUUCAUGUGUGAAAUUAAUAGCGAAAUUGUGAAUGUUUUGAGACGCAUACAUGAUUAUUUAUCGAAAUAUAACAUCUUGGAGAGAAUGUUUGAAACAUCCUUCUGUGACAAUAAUGCGCUCUCCUUAGAGAAGGAUUCCAUUCGAAGACUAGAUCUUUCCGUAUUCUGGUGGAUUGUGGGAGAUCGUGAGAAUUUGGUAAACCGCAUUAAAAAGCAUGAAAUGGUUGAGGCCUUUGAUGUCGUGUGUCAUUCUUUCCUUACGGAAGAGUUCGAUAUUUUGAUUUCAAGCUUGAUUCUUCGGCUUAUAGAUUGCGAUGAGUGGGACUUUGCUCACGAGAAUUUUGGAAUGUAUUUAAAUGUCGCUAAUCAACAGCAGAGGUAUAUUCGAGGUAUUUUGUCAUUAUUUAUGGGAAAUUUUGAAGAUUUUGGUACUUAUUGUACUGACCCUGCAAUUAUGAGCACGUUGAGAGAAUCCCGGUUUUUUUCUAGAGUUCUUCCAAAUUUGAGUCCCCAGUCACGAUUCAAGAGCAUUUUCCAUCUAGCACAUGCAGAAGUUCAGAAUGCAGAUGAAUGGUUACCUUUAUACUUUCAUUCCUUGUCUCAGUUAUGCGUUGGCUACUCCUCAAGUGGUAGUCUUCCGUCUGUUGCCCGUCCCAAGUUUAUUGCUCAAGCUGUCUUGCUUGAAAGUAAUGCUGUGAAAUUGUUUCAUAAAAGCUCCAAUCAACCGCCUUUAAAGCAUCAAAAAAACCUCUUCGAGCUAUCACUUAAGAUAAGAAAUUUCGAAGGUUCCCUCGAAGCGCUUGAGUCAAUCCUGACCCAAGUGGAAAGGACUCAUUUAAAAAGGCUCUUCUUUGAUUUGCUUAGUUGCAUCAUCUCGAGCAAUUCUCAAAACCUUUUAUUUGAAACAAAAUUAUCGCGAUAUCUUGCAAGGCACUAUAACUUGAUCGACUCUACCUUAUUGGAAAUCGCAAAUGAUGAUCUUGUUUUGUGGAGAUCAUUGAAGACUUAUCAGGUCCUUUAUGCAUGGCGCAUUCGUGGUUCGGUAGCACUUUGCAACAAUUCCUUUGGAAAUCUCAGGGGUGCACUCGAGUCUCUUUACAUCUUUAUCACACGGUUCAGAAUGGAAAAGGAACUGUUUAAAAAGGUUGGCAAGGCAUGGGCUGAUUAUAGGCGGUUUAAGCUCAAAAUCUUGGAACUUUAUAUGAUAAUUAUCAACGGCGUCAGAUCGUUGAAGAACGAAGAUGAACGUUGGAUCAGAAGACAAAACGGGCAGAAAUUUGAAAUUGUCGAUAUCAACACCUUGACUUCUGAGUAUCUAGGUUGGCUACAGGAGUUGGAAGAUGAAUUGCCAACCUCAAUCGAUGUUUAA